UCACUUCUACACUCACUCAUACAUAUGGCUAGCUCAAUACUUAUCAAAAUUAUUUGCUUGGCUAUAAUAUGUUUGGUUUUGGAUAUUCCCUUAGCCAAUGCUGGCCAAACAUGUGGUCAAAUAAAAGUCUCCUUAAUACCAUGCCUUGGGUACCUUAAGCACCCAGGACCAACCAUCCCUGUAGUAUGUUGCAAUGGUGUUAGGACUGUUAAUGACCAAGCCAAAACUCUUCCUGAACGUAAAGAUGCUUGUGAGUGCAUCAAAUCAACUUUAAUCAGCAUACCCGUACUCGAUCCUAAUGCUGUCCAGGGUCUUCCUGAUAAGUGUGGUGUCAAAUUACCUUUUCCAAUUGGUGUCAACAUGGAUUGUAGCAAGUUAGGGGGCGGGGCACACUAAGCUUUUUGGAGCUGCACUUGAUUAAUAAGUAAUAAACUUGGUUUGAUAAUAACCAAGAUAGAAUAAAGAGGAUGGUUUAAUUUCUCCAAUUGUAACUCAAAUCCCAUUAGGGGUCAUUGUAUUAUGAGUUUAAGUUAUAAUUGAAAUAAAAUCUUUGGGGUUUCGUCGCAAAA